AUGCUCUAAUUUAAUUAAAAUCAACUAAUUGGACCUAAACCUAUUUUUAUGCAGCCAUUGGAAUCUUAUAAGAAUCUGGAUGUGGAUGAUACUCAAUGUACGGAUGACUUUUCUAAUAAGAUUUUAUCAUAAACUAGUAAUUCUUUCCUAGAAACAGCUUAAAUUAAAACUGAAGGCAUUAAAAAAAAAAAAAAUAGAAACAACUAAGUGAAAUUUAACCUUAACAUCAUUCAUUGUCAAUUUAAUUAGAAGGAACCUGCUGUUGCUAUAGGAAGGCUAGUUUCAAAGUUAAUAAAUUAGAAACCACAUCUCUCUUGGGUAAAUCCUUCGAUCUCAAAAAAAUAAUGA